UUUAUUUUAAUUAAUUUCGAUUUUUAGUUCGUUGUAAAACUGACGCAGAAUUCAUUUCAUUAAGGCGUAACGCUGGUGUUUUACAAGUUUAGCCUGUUUACCGCGCAGCCGCUUGCAUACAGGCUAUGAGUAUGUGUGAUCAGUUAUUGAUUGAUUAUAAGGCAUAUACUUUAUGCAAAAACAAUAUGGCACUUUCAAAUGGCCACAGAAACGCUCCACAGAAACGGCCCAGCAUGCGUCACAUUUAGAAUUGAAUGUGAAUGUUCGAAACGGUGACAUCAUAGCUAAGAGAAUGCGAAUGCAACUCUGACUUUGGCAUUCUGCGGUUAAACUAGUUGAGCGAUGGGUCAACGUAAUUGUCGUUGCAAAAAGGCAAACAAUGAUUUUGAGCGUGUGCACGUUUACCAUCACGAUGCACCGCCACAGCUCACCAAUUUGUUGGAAGCUCAUAAACAUCCUGUUGGCGUAGGUGAAGAUAGUGCGAGUGAGGGGAAAAAUAAAAAGAGAAAGGAGGCCAACCGUAAAAAGAAAAGAAGGUUCAAGUUGUGGCGGUGGUUCUCCUGUCUGAGAGCUGCUGAAAAAAAUAGUACACUUCAGGUUGUUGGAGAGGCUCAGGACAUUGGGGCAACUGCAGCACCACCUGAAGUACAACCUUCCUCCUCUUCAGGUGACGGAUCUCUACAGCAGGUCAUUCAUACUGUAGAGCUCAAUCUUCAGGAACCUUCAGCCAGUGACCCUGAAGUCUAUCCAACAGUAAAGACACAUCUUACUGUUCAACCUGAUGUCCUCCGUUCUCCAGUUCUGAGCAGCAAUACUGCUCAGACUUCAUUCGACUGGAACUUUGACAUCAGCCAGACUCCAUUGCUUAGUCCUGACUAUUGUGAUGGCCUGGCUCUAGCACGCACCACAUCAAGGUGGAGCAAUGAUUUUACUAAGCCUUCAGCACACACCAUGUCAGAUUGGAGCAUUGAUGUGAUCAAAACUCCAACACGCAUCACAUCAGAUUUUAGUACUGACGCUACCCGGACUCCGGUACACAACGUGUCAGUCUGGAGUAUUGAUGUCACCCAGCCUCCAUUUCACUCAUCCACUUCUGAUUGUUGUAACAAUGCCACUGAGAUUCCAGUCCCCGAUGCUUCCGAGGGGAGUGCCAAUUUCCCUCAGAUUUCACAGCACACAACGUCAGACUGGAGCAUCAAUGGUGGUCAAGCUCCAGUCUGCACACAGGCCUCUGUUUCAAAACAAAUAGAGAAUAAUGGAAAGAUGACAAGUCAGGUCAUCAAUUCUUGCCACUAUCUGAUCGAUGACAUGCUGGGUGAAGGAUCCUUUGGAACUGUGUACAAGGGGCGACGUCUACACGAUGACUUAAAGGUGGCAGUGAAAUUUGUCACAAAGACGGAAGAUGUGGAAUACAUACGUAUCUCGGGUCAUUCAGAGCCCUUUCCUCUUGAAGUUGCACUUCUCAUCCUCGCCCAUGGAGUAUCCAGCGUUCCAGAAAUAAUCCAGCUUCUGGACUGGCAGGACCAGGAGGACCAUUAUAUAAUGGUGUUGGAAUACCCUUCACCCUGUGAGGACCUAUAUGCUUUCACAGAAAGCUAUGGAGGAUCCAUAAGUGAAGGUUUAGCGCGUGUUGUUAUGCAGCAGGCAACUCAAGCUGCAUACAUGUGCUGCCGCAAUGGUGUUCUACAUCGCGAUAUCAAACUUGAAAAUCUACUAAUCAACAAGGAGACUCAUAAAGUCAAAUUAAUAGACUUUGGGUGUGGAGACCUUCUCAAGAAAUUACCCUACGAUACAUUUGCCGGCACCCUUGAGUACUGCCCCCCAGAGUUUGAGGAAACGGGUGAAUACAAUGGGAAGCCGGCAACAGUCUGGUCCCUUGGCAUCCUCUUGUUUGUAUUGGUGUGUGAGGACUUUCCCAACCCUCAAGAACUGCACAUGAUCAAUGAGAACAACUUCUCCAAAGCUGGCUUGUCCGAUGAAUGCUGUCAGUUGAUUAGUUGCUGUCUCCAGCAAAAGCCAGAGCAGCGGAUUCAAUUAAAAGAGAUUCUUCUCCACGAAUGGUUCAAGGACACCAACCUGGAGAACUGAAGAACAGCCACCCUACAUGUUAUUGUCUUGAGAGGAACGUUUCAGGCUGUUUGAGGCAGGAAAUCUUGAGCAGGAGGUGGCUCCUCUCAAAACAAACAAUAAAACAUACGCAUUAAUUGAACUCUUGUGAAGAGUAUUAUUUGACAAAAACAAUUCUAGGAGAGCACAUAUUUACAUAGUACUGUGAAUCUUGUUUCUGUCAUGUAUGAUAAGUAUGCAAUGCAUUUCUUGUGUCAUGCUAUUCUUACAGUUAAAAAGAUGACUAGAGGCUGCAUAUUGACACAAUAAACGUGUCAAAAAAGUCACCAACACAAAACAGCUGAUGAUAAACAUCAUUUUAAGCUGUAAAAUGACAUCACAUUUCCACUCUGAAAAUGAAUAUUUAAAAUAACAGACACUUCCCUGCCACAUGUAUUUGUUCUUCAGACAUCUCACCAAGCAAUGAGACGUUCAAAUGCUGUCUAAUAGACUCUAAACGUCUGGCCAAAAGAAGGCUAAAUUUGGGUAGGCAGUGCAAAUCUAUAUGGCUACUUGAUGACUUGAUUUAUAGAUAAUUAUUCAUUCAUUCAUUUUCCUUCGGCUUAGUCCCUUUAUUAAUCAGGGGUUGCCACAGCGGAAAGAUCUGCUAACUUAUCCAGUAUAUGUUUUACACAGCAGAUGUCCUUCCAGUCACAACCAAGUAAACUCCUAUACACUCACAUUCACACACAUACACUAUGGCUAAUUUAGACUGUGGCUUCUUCAAUUCAGUUUCCCCUACCUGUACUGUGGGGGAAACUGGAGCACCCGGAGGAAACCCACAUGAACAUAGAGAGAACAUGCAAACUCCACAAAGAAACGCCAAGUGACCCAGCUUGGUCCCGCUAGGAAGCCAGCGACCACCUUGCUGUGCAGCAACAGUGCUAACCACUGAGCCUCCAUGCCACCUUAUAAGCAGUUAGAUGUUUUUCAAACACACACAAAAACGUUUGUUUU